UUUUUCGUAAAACCCCUGCCGCAUGUACAACCACGUAUUCGAAAAUAAGUUUUAAAAAAAGAAGCUUGCUUGGGCCCAAUUUCAUUAAACAGACUUUUUGGGAUAGUAUCACCCUCUCAGACAUUUUUCUACACACUAUCCCCCAAAAAAUAUUAUUACUGGACGACACCAGCACACUAGAUGGCUGUAGUGAGCAUACGUAUUUUUUGCACUGCAAGUAAAAUCCUAGAAAUUCACAAAUGAAGAUGGCGGUGCAAGAGACAGCUGCCCAACUAUCCAUGGCGCUGAAGGUUCAAGAGUAUCCCACUUUGAAGGUACCAUAUGAAACUCUGAACAAGCGCUUCAGAGCUGCACAGAAGAACAUUGACCGGGAGACGAGUCACGUAACCAUGGUGGUGGCAGAGCUGGAGAAGACUCUCAGCAGUUUCCCAGUGGUGGAUUCUGUGGUGUCCCUUCUGGAUGGGGUGGUGGAGAAGCUCAGUGCCCUGAAGAGGAAGGCUGCUGAGUCCAUCCAGGCGGAGGAUGAGAGUGCUAAGCUGUGUAAGCGGAGGAUUGAACACCUGAAGGAACACAGCAGCGACCAGCCAGUGGGCGUCAAUGUCUGGAAGAAGAAACGAAUGGACCGCAUGAUGGUAGAACACUUGCUGCGGUGUGGCUAUUACAACACAGCGGUCAAACUGGCACGGCAAAGUGGCAUUGAGGACCUGGUCAACAUUGAGAUGUUCCUCACAGCCAAAGAGGUGGAGGAGUCGCUAGAGCGACAGGAAACCGCCACCUGUUUGGCCUGGUGUCAUGACAACAAAUCACGCCUCCGCAAGAUGAAGAGCUGUUUGGAGUUUAGUCUGCGAAUCCAGGAAUUUAUCGAGCUCAUCCGACAGAACAAGCGCAUGGACGCCGUCAGACAUGCACGGAAGCACUUCAGCCAAGCAGAGGGGGGUCAGCUGGACGAGGUGCGGCAGGUGAUGGGUAUGCUGGCGUUCCCCUCAGACACCCAUAUCUCCCCUUAUAAGGAUCUCCUGGACCCUGCCCGCUGGAAAAUGCUGAUCCAACAGUUCAGAUAUGACAACUACAGAUUACAUCAGCUGGGCAACAACUCUGUGUUUACCAUCACACUCCAGGCUGGCCUGUCUGCUAUCAAAACUCCUCAGUGUUAUAAGGAGGAUGGCACCUCUAAAAACCCUGACUGCCCCGUGUGCAGCAAGUCCCUGAACAAACUGGCACAGCCCCUGCCCAUGGCACACUGUGCCAACUCCCGUCUGGUGUGCAAAAUCUCUGGGGAGGUGAUGAAUGAGAACAACCCACCCAUGAUGCUGCCCAACGGCUAUGUUUACGGAUACAACUCUCUUCUAUCCAUUCGUCAAGAUGACAAGGUGAUCUGCCCCAGAACCAAAGAAGUCUUCAGCUUCUCCCAAGCUGAGAAGGUGUACAUCAUGUGAUGUGAUGGAUACACCUUGACUAUGACCAGCGGGUCCAGUCUGAGUGCAGUGGAUCCCCCAGCAGAACCUCUAGCCCCUGCCCCAAUGGCAAUGCUCCACCAUGUGACUGAGCCGAAAUCACCCCACAGCCCACCUACCGACCUCUCGACCUGCCCAAACUGCCUCUCACUAUGGAGAAUAGUCCCAAAUCACCUUGGGCAGAUUUGUGAAAUUAGACUAAUUAACAAACUUUGGUUUUUAAAGUGUGGAUGUUUUGACUUUUAUUUUAACCUAGAGUCCAACCGGUAGUGUGGCACGUUAAAACUCUGUAUUGCUCCAAUAUCAUAACAGGAGCUUCUACCCUUUACCUUAGUUAAACCAGACUUACUUCAGAUUUACAGGCUGACCACAUUGGUGUUUGUGUCAUAAUGGCACUAAUUUCAUGAUGCGCACAAGUUACAUCAUUUCUAUGUAGCCAUGUUAGGGGGGGGGGGGGGGUAAAUAGAAAUACUUUGAAAUUGGUCAUCUUGUGUUUGUCCCCCUGUGAAAUCUGUGAUUGCAGAUCUGGGACGAUGCACUCAAUCUUGUAAAUACUAGAGAAUUGAUCAUUUCUGUAUAGAUUCAGGUCUCUCAAAAUGUUAAUGAGAAACAUUUUAAGAACUCCAUAGACCUUCCACUGAUCAGGCGUGAACAAGCACACUGUUAUUGCUUCAGGUACUUCAUGGCAACCUUGUACACUGACCUAAAGUAUACUCGGUACACUUUUGAGGAGCAUAGUGGAUUUGUGUCUUGCAAGGGAACAUGCCAGGUCUUCUCACCACCUGAAGAAGACUUGACAAGUGGUCCAACAGAGCUUACAAAAGACUUAUCUUUUCCAGUGUUUUGUAAUAACCAGUGGUCUUCCUAGUUUGUGUGUGUGAAGAUUGGAGAUGCUUAAUAAUUUCCGCACCCACAAAUGGAUGGGUUAAUUCAUCACUUUUUAUAUUGAUUUAGUUAUACAACUCUGAUGUAGUCAAUGCAAAAUACUCAAUUAUUCUAUCUUUAGUUUCAUAUUUUUCAAUUAUGAACAUUGUGCAUUGUAAUUAAAGAGGAUAAUUAUAAUUUUCUUUGCUCUUCAUUUUUUAUGAUGUAGUGCUGAUUUUUAAGACAUUUUGUAUGACUAACACAAAUUGCUGCAGAUUUCACAAGGGGCUACAGUUGGUCCAAAUUGUUCCUUGAGAUUACAGAGGGUAAUCUUACCAUAUGUUUCAGUACCUACCAUCUAUCCCACCUUUUUUUCAUCUUGGCUGGUUGCUUCUGAACUGUUUAGUAUUGUUAUUGUGGAGAGACCGUUUAGAAACUGAGCAUGCAUGUUUAUAUUGGUAGGAUAGAUUGAUUGUUCAAAAACGAUUGCUGAUAAAAGAACUCAAAUUGG